AUGAAAAUCAUUACGGGAAGGUUCUACUCGAGUCUUUUCCGUUCAUCAACUCCUGUGUCAAGCCCGAUCAUCCCCACCGGUGAUCCUCCACCACGGAUUCUCCCUUCGGAAGUACGAGUCGCUAUCAAGAGCAUGAGGCCUGGCACAGCCCCCGGACCUGAUUUUAUAUCAGCAGACUUUCUUCGGGCUGGUGGCCAUCCACUUCACGUAAUCUUAGCAGCGCCUUUAGAAAGAAAGGAUUCCAGACCAGUGGAAGACCUCACAAACCGUUCCUAUCCAUAA